GAGGUGGGGGGUCUUGAGUGUUUUUAGUGGGUUGCGCUGCUUACUCAUCACAGAAGGUGAAGGAGUUUGUCUGAUGUUGAAAUGAGCUCAAGCAAAGUCGCUCAGCCUCGCAACCGAGUUACAGCAGGAAGCAGUCCGGAAACUUCCUGUCUCCAAUGCAGCUACCGCGACCCAACGCCCAUAUUUGGACUUCGCAGCGAGAAGCGGAUGGACGUUCAUGUGGGAGACAUCAUCAAGCUGGAAAACAACCAGUUUGUCACAGCUGACCUCCUCCUGCUGUCCAGCAGUGAACCGCUCAACCUAGUCUACAUCGAGACAGCAGAGCUAGACGGCGAGACCAACUUGAAAGUACGCCAGGCCCUGACGGUGACCGGGGACCUCGGUGAUGAUGUCAGCAAGCUGGCAGACUUCAAUGGCGAAGUCCUCUGCGAGCCUCCCAACAACCGGCUGGACCGCUUCACGGGGACGCUGGCCUUUGCGGGGCAGAAGUACGCUCUGGACAACGAAAAGAUCCUGUUGCGGGGUUGCACCCUGAGGAACACCGAGUGGUGCUUCGGACUGGUGCUCUUUGCAGGUCCAGAAACCAAACUGAUGCAGAACUGCGGCAAAAGCACUUUCAAGAGGACCAGCGUGGACCGUCUGAUGAACGUCCUCGUUCUGUUUAUCUUUGGCUUCCUGGCGUUCAUGUGUACCGUCCUUGCCAUCGGGAACUACUGCUGGGAGCUGGGCGAGGGCUCCGCCUUCACCGUCUUCCUGCCCAGGCAGAACGGCCACGAUGCCGCCUUCUCCUCCUUUCUCACCUUCUGGUCCUACGUCAUCAUCCUCAACACGGUGGUGCCCAUUUCGCUUUAUGUCAGUGUGGAGUUCAUCCGCCUGGGCAACAGUUUCUACAUCGACUGGGACCGGAAGAUGUACCACUCUCGCAGCGACACCCCCGCCGUGGCGCGCACCACCACGCUAAAUGAGGAGCUGGGUCAAAUCAAGUACGUGUUCAGCGACAAGACGGGCACGCUGACGCAAAACAUCAUGACCUUCAACAAAUGCUCCAUCAACGGGAAGACGUACGGCGAUGUCUUUGACUCCAUGGGCCAGAGACUUGAAAUUAAUGAGCACACCGAUACGGUGGAUUUCUCCUUUAACCCGCUGGCGGACCCUUGCUUGACUUUCCACGAUCACGCGCUGGUGGAGGCCGUCAAGCUGGAGAUCCCUGAAGUCCACACCUUCUUCCGACUGCUUGCGCUUUGCCACACCGUCAUGGCGGAGGAAAAGAAAGAAGGGGAGCUCUCGUACCAGGCUCAGUCUCCUGACGAGGGCGCUCUGGUCACAGCCGCCAGGAACUUCGGCUUUGUAUUCCGUUCGCGGACGCCCGACAGCAUCUCCAUUGUGGAAAUGGGAGAGCAGUGCACUUAUAAACUCUUGGCCAUCCUGGAUUUCAACAAUGUCCGCAAGAGGAUGUCCGUCAUCGUUCGCAGCCCCGAGGGUAAGCUGUCGCUGUACUGCAAAGGAGCCGACACCAUCAUCUGCGAGAGGCUGCACGGCUCCUGCACUAAACUGACAAACGUCACCACAGAGCACCUCAACGAGUUUGCAGGCGAAGGCCUGCGGACCCUGGCGCUGGCCUACAAGGACCUGGACGAGGACUUUUUCCUCCAGUGGCAACAGCGCCACCACGAAGCCAGCACGGCGCUGGAAGGGCGCGAGGACAAACUGGAGCAGCUGUACGAAGAGAUCGAGACCGACCUGCUGUUGCUAGGGGCGACGGCGAUCGAAGACAAGCUGCAGGACGGAGUAGCGCAGACCAUCGAGCAGCUGUCCAAAGCCGACAUCAACAUCUGGGUUCUUACUGGCGACAAGCAAGAAACAGCGGAAAACAUCGGCUACUCGUGCAACCUGCUGCGCGAGGAGAUGAACGACGUCUUUGUCAUUUCUGGCAACUCGCCGGAAGAUGUGAGGCAGGAGCUCAGGAAUGCGCAGAAGACCAUGAAACCAGGUGCCACUGAGGAUUGCACAGUUUUGCCAGAGAGGACUCUGGGUAAAAGCGUGAAGGCCCUCGCGGAUGAAACGGUGAACGGCGAAUAUGGCCUUGUCAUCAACGGACACAGCUUCAGCCCAAUGGGCCGCCCGGCCGAGCGCGCGCAGUACGCCAAGGCCCAGGAGGUGGAGACGACCUCGCUGCAAAUGUACAGGACCAUCAGUGACGCCGCUCUUUGA